UCAGUUUAAAAGGAUGUUGAACAGGGAGCUGUCCCAUUUGUCAGAGAUGAGUCGCUCAGGGAACCAAGUGUCAGAAUACAUCUCCACUACCUUUCUAGAUAAGCAGAACGAGGUGGAGAUCCCGUCCCCCACCCUAAGGGAGAGGGAGAAGCCCAUGUGUCACAUCAGUGGUGUGAAGAAGCUCACGCACAGCUCCAGCCUUUCCAACUCCGCCCUGCCUCGCUUCGGAGUGAAGACUGAACACGAGGAUGCAUUAGCCAGGGAGCUGAACGACUUGAACAAGUGGGGCCUUAAUAUCUUUCGUGUGGCAGAGUUCUCUAAUAAUCGACCCCUCAGCUGCAUAAUGUAUGCCAUCUUCCAGGAAAGAGAUCUACUGAAGACCUUUCGGAUCCCUGUGGAUACGUUUGUCACCUAUGUGAUGACCCUGGAGGACCACUACCAUGCCAAUGUGGCCUACCAUAACAGCCUCCACGCUGCUGAUGUCACUCAGUCUACUCAUGUACUGCUGUCCACACCAGCUUUAGAUGCUGUAUUCACUGAUCUAGAGAUACUAGCUGCAUUAUUUGCUGCCGCCAUCCAUGAUGUGGACCAUCCAGGAGUGUCAAACCAAUUCCUCAUAAACACCA